AUGAACAGAGUAGGUACUAGAGUAACCUGGAGGGUUGGGGCACGUCGUUUUCAAUCAAGCUAUGCUACGAUCCCCAAAUUGAAAACCGUAAAAGAAUUUAACGAUAUUGUAAAAACUUCCAGUGAUAAAUUGUCCGUAGUGGACUUUUACGCAACUUGGUGUCAACCGUGCAAAGCCAUGAUCCCAUUGAUGACGAAAUUGAUCCAGGAGAACCCAACAGUCAAUUUUUACAAAGUUGACGUUGAUGAAUCGAUGGAACUAGCUCAAUCCUGUAAGAUCACUGCAAUGCCCAGUUUUCUGUUCUUAAAAGAUGGGAAGACUUUAGAUAAAGUUAUCGGUGCAAACACAAUGAAGCUACUAGAGAAUAUUGACGAAUUUAAAUAA